AUGACUAAGAAGCCUCCUGGUGCGCAGGACACCACCUGCAAGCUUAUCGCAUCGUUCAUCGCGCUUUCAUCGCAUCUGAUAAUGCACCAAAUAGAUGUGACCUCAGUGCACUUCUCGGUGGCAUUUGACAUACCAAUAAACAACAUCAGCAUUUACUUCAGCAAGCUGUUUAGCUUCAGAUGCAUGCUAAUCGCUGCUGGUACAGCGUCUGAGCUGGUGGUGUCACAGUUUUCAAAAUCAGUAGACCCCAGGGGUAACCAACGAAUCCGCAAGUGGUUCAGUAUGGGUUCAUUUAUCGGAGUUUUUUUCAUAAGAAUGCUUUGUUUAUUUUUCCUAAGCAGGUCGUCUCAGUUGGGAUACUAUGUGUACGUAAUUUUAAGUAUUGAGGCCUACUUUUUCGGCUACUUCCACGCCUCAGUGGUGGGACUGGUGCCCGAGCAUUCGCUUGCCGUGGCGUUGGCUGCGAAUGUCUCUCGCUUCUUCAUUCUGUCGGUGCAGCUGAUCCUGGACGCGCUCUUCUACUCGCGCCCUCUGCUCAUGAUUAAGUUGCAGGUCUGGAUUGGCGUUAUAAUGACCGGAGUUGCUGUGGCCAUGUGGAUCUACUUCAACUACGGUCUCUGCGCCAUAUCUCCAGAGACCUCGGAUGACUCCUCCUCGGGAAGCGUCGUCAGGGUCGUGAAGGAACGCGGGUUCGGAGAAACGCUCUGCAAGGCUCUCUCUCCGUUCUCCAUGUUCUUCGGCGGCUCCAUUUUCAAGGACUUUUUGUUCCCCGGCGUUCUGCCUUACGCGCUUCUUCUCAGGGACAGGUGUCACUUCAUAAACAUGCUAGUGCCAGUAUCAAACAUGGUAGGACCGGUGUUUUUGUUCUGUUUGGAAUACUACGAUGGAUUCCCCAGGUGGACCCCCGUCUUCAACACGUUCUGGCUCUUCGUGAUUCCCAUGAUCAUGAUCUUCGUCUCCUCCUUCCUGGCCAUGCACUCCAGGAUCUCCUUUUUCAGGCGGAUGAUAAACUCACGCAACUACAUCAUUCACCUCACUUUGACCCUCGUCUGCUGCAACGGGUUCCUCGACCCUUUGAGCUUUGGAGGCGUUGCCAAGAUCGUCAAGACUGGGUUCGACCAAUACAGCGACAGGAUUCGGGGCGACAAUCCUCCUGAUAUUGAGGAGGGAAGCAACAGCAUCCUGACUCUGCACAUUUUAUCUGCACUGUUCAUGCGUUUCGUCUUCUCCAAGUUAUCAGUCGGAUACAAUGACACCAGGGUUAGUCUCGGCUAUGCUCUCCCCAAGUUCCGACCCAUCCACAGAAUGUCCAAAUUUAACGCCGGCUGGUACAUUUUCAGACAAACUUUCAUUCGCGCCUGGAAAGAUGCGGGCAGCGACUUCAAGAUGGAUAUAAAGCAGUAUCUGUAA